AUGACGGUAGACAUAUUAUGGAGACAGAUACCUAUACGGGAAGCAGAGUUGAGUCUAACUAAGGUCCUUCGCUGUGGACAGACGUUUCGCUGGAAGAAUAUCAAUAAUGUAUGGUCUUUCGCAAUCCACGAUCGAGUAGUACUACUUAAGCAAGAUGAAGAGUAUCUUCAUUAUUCACAUUUAAUGAAAGAGAGCUUGACUACACAAAAAUCAACUGCAGAAUCAGAGAAACAGACUCUUGAGUUUGUCAAAGAUUACUUCAAUCUUUCUGUCAACUUAGUCGAUCUCUACGACCAUUGGUCAUCCCAGCACGAGCCAUUCAAGAAAUCGAAGCUAACCCCAUUUGAGCAAUUCAAAGGUAUUAGGAUUCUUCGGCAGGAUCCUUGGGAAACUGUCGUAUCAUUUAUCUGCUCUUCCAACAAUAAUGUCAAAAGAAUUUCCAAGAUGUGUGACAGUUUGUGUCUGGAGUUCGGAGACUAUAUCAACGAACAUGAUGGAGUGCAGUAUCAUUCGUUUCCAAGUGCUGAAAAAUUAGCAUCUUCAAGUAAGAUAGAGACUCGUUUAAGGGAAUUGGGGUUUGGUUACAGAGCUAAGUACAUUUAUCAAACAGCGGUCAAAUUUGUAGAUAACAAAGGUUUUCCUGAUAUCACCAUAGAGAAAUUGAACAGCCUUAGAAACGAAGAGUAUGAGCUCUCCCACAAUUUCUUGUUGCAAUUAACGGGUGUGGGUCCAAAAGUUGCUGAUUGUAUCUGCCUCAUGGCUUUGGACAAACACGAUUGUGUUCCGGUGGAUACCCAUGUGUUUCAGAUUGCUGUAAGGGACUAUAAGUUUAAGGGAAAGAAAGACAUGAAGACUAUGAACAAGGUCACUUACGAUGCGAUUAGACUCUUCUUUAAGGACUUGUUUGGAGAGUAUGCUGGUUGGGCGCAAUCGGUGCUAUUUGCGUCUGAUCUUGGUGACUUGAACAAUGUCACGAAAAGGGCCAAGACUCUCGUAAAAGUAGGAGCCUGA